AUGAUGAAACCUUUAUAUUAUAAUUUUGAUAAAUCCGGUAAUUCUAAGAAACUCCCUAAUGAAUUCAAUACUCUCACAAAUCAUAAAACAAAAUUACUUAAUUUGAUUAAUGAUGAGAUUAAAUAUGCAAAUUUCGAAUUGAACUUCAUUAACUAUCUUUUCUCACUAAAUUCUUCACUAGGUGAUGAUGGGUCUGAAUCGGAUGAUUUAUCUGAUCUGAAUGAUAAAUUCCAUUUGUUGAAAUUUGGAACAGAUGAAUUCUUUGAAACUAAAUAUAAUUUGAAAAAUGAACUUGAAGAAUCACUAAAACUGAUUGAUAAAUCUCUAAGGAAGAGAAAUGACUAUAAUAAAUAUUCAUCGGACUUUAAACACGUUAAAGAAUCCAUGACUAAUCUUCAAACUACAUAUUUUAAUUCUCUUCAACAAAGAGAAUCAAAUAUGAAAUUACUUCUUAGAUUAAAAAUGUUUACUUGUAACCGAUUAAAUAAUUUGAAUGAAUCUUUAAAGGCUCAUGAAUCAUUAACGCCUUAUGAAUCAUUAAAGGGUUAUGAACCAAUGAAAAAUUUUAAACCAACAUACAAUGAACAUAGUACUAAAUUAGUAUCUCAUAUGCAUAAAAAUAAUCGAAAUCACAUUUCAAAGCAUAACCUUAAUGUUGAUAAUACCAAUGACACUGAGUAUAAACAAUUUAUUAAAGAAUGUGUAAACUACGACUUUUCAUCAACUAAACUUAAUAUUUCAAAUACUCAUAAAUAUGAUUCUUCUUUAACAAUUUUACCGGAGUUUAGAUCACCUUACUCAACAAAUUUGCUAAAUAUCUUUUCAUGGACGAUUUCAUUGGAUCGAUUCAAAGAAUCUGCAAAAACAUUAUUCACGAAAUAUGGAAAGAGUUAUAUGCCAUUAAAUGUAUUUAACAAUUUGGUUUUACACCUUAUCCAAUCAUUACACCUGCGUAGUCUAUGCAAAAUUCCAAUUGAACAUAUUUACGAAGUUUAUAAUGUAAAUUCAAACACAAUGUUGGACUUUCGAACCUUUUCAUUACUGUAUUGGGAGAUUCUUCACGCAUUAAGGCGCUCAAUCGAAUUAUACUAUCAACCUCAAUACAGAAUCCCUGAUUCCUUAAUGUAUUUAAAUGAUUAUGAUCAUUUUCAUCAAUUUGUAAACAUUUCAGACUACUACUCGUUUAUUAAGAGACUGUCGCCUGGAAGGCCGUGUAACAAGUAUGUCGCUAAAGAAUUGGAAACCAACGACUUGAGAGUUGUAGAAAUCUAUUGUAAAACGCCGGACUUUCCACCUUUUCAUGAAAUUUUCUCAGAAAUUGAUAACCUCAAAAAUCUACAGCAUAAAAACCUGGUUAAAUAUCUUGCAGUCUACCAUGACUACAACACAGUCUACGUCGUUACAGAGUUUUGCUCUGAGCUCUCAUUACUGAACAAGUUAAAUUCACUUGAAACGAGUGAUUUUGCUUAUUCAUUAUCCUUUGUUCACAAUGUUUUUACACAAAUUGUUGAGGCAUUGGUUUAUUUGCACUGCAACAACUUAGUACACAAAUGUUUAGCCAUUGAUAAAGUCAUGAUUGAUGAUUCAUCUUCGUUACCUAUAAUCAAGAUUGGAGAUUACGGACUUACGGAAUCACUUGAUAAAUAUAAACACAAAUCGUUGUUAUCGAGUUUGCAUAAAGCUCCUGAGGUUAUUCGUGAUAACGUUAACCAAAAAAGUAAUGUGUGGUCAGCGGGAAUCAUUUUACUAUUCUUAACAACGGGAGAAUUCCCUUUAAAUAAUGUAAAGCAGGAGGUUUUUCUUGAUAAUUUGUCGGAAUAUUUAAAAAAUUCAAAACUGUUCAAAAUUGACUGUGAUUUAAUGGAUUUAAUAAAUUAUAUGUUGACGUAUGACCAUAACCUACGGCCUUCUUCUUAUGAUGUAUUAACACAUCAUUGGUUCAACUGUACUAAUAUUAGCAAUACACUUGUAAACACUUCAUAUUUGUCAAGAAAUCUCAGAGCUCUAAUGGAGAUUAAUUCAUAUCGCAAAAUAUGUAGAUUGGUUGAAACUAGCAAUAUUUUUCAAAUAAACAAAUUAAAUAAAUUUAUGAACACUCUUUUAUUAUCUACUGAUCCGGGUGAUAAUAAUUUAUUAUCAUACGGUAAUUUUGUGAAGGCACUAAAAAUGCAAAAUGUGCAAAACAACAUUAUAUCUGAACUUGUUCACUUAACCUCAGUUAAUGGAUCAGAUAAAUGUAGACUGAAUGAUUUGUUUGAUGCUUUUAAAAGUUGGAGAUUUGGAGAAAUUAAUAUUUUCUGGUCAAUAUGCAAGAAAUUUAUAGAUGAAAAUGAUUGGUCAUUUGAUUCAAAACAGUUUAUACAAGUAUUACAAGAAUCCAAAACAUCAUUGUUGAUGAAUGAAGAAAUCAAUGGAUUCUGCAGAUCAAUUGCAAUUGAUGGAAAGGUAACAUAUGAUUUAUAA